AUGAAGCCUAUUGAAGCUGUAAUUGGAGUUCAUUAAGUUGAAGUUAUUAUUGAAGAUAAUAAUGCAAAUUAAAGGUAUAGUAAUUCGAAAUUCUAAAUUACUGUUAAUGCUGAUAUUUCUUCCUUUUAUGAAUCACAACUCAAAGGAUCAAUUUUAUUUGAUGACUUUUAAAAAUCUAAGAAAUUUCAAAAAAUAGGAAACAUAGAAGCAAGAGCUAAAAUAUCCAGGACAGGAAGGAUAACCAUUACUUUUGAUCAAAAUCUUAAAAUCCUGAAUAACUUCUUGCAAAAACUCUAAAAUUCUAUUGAUAUAAUUGAAUGGGAUAUGAUGGUAGUCAACUUUAAAAUGUAUUUUUUGUUCUAUGAUGUCACAGAAAAACUAAUAAUGAACGAAGGCUACUAAAUUAAAUUCUAAAUACCACCUCAAAUCUCUCAAAGUUUAGAGAAUUAAAUUAGAAAUUUAGGAGCUGCAACUUCAGUUACUUUAAAGAGCUUGUUAGGAUCAAACUUCAUAAUAAAUAUCCUAAUGUAAUUUAUUAGUUUCUUAAGUGUAAUAGGUCACAAAGUAUUUAGAUGCUUUGGGGAAUGA